AUGGUAGAGAAAGACCAGCAAAGUCCGAAGGCUAAGAAGAAGAAGAAUUUAACGGUUCCCGGUUAAUGAAUCGCUCCCCCGGUGUCGCUUGCGGCUCACAAACUGCUGGGAAACCGAGUGCCUUGGCAGUCUAUGGGCUGGUUUUAGCUUACAUCUUCGAAAUUCUAUUCCAAAAGGAGGAGAUGUGCUGACAGCUCGCUGCACUUGAGGAUCUUUGUUGUGAGCAAAGAAACAACUAGUCAAUAUUAAUUUUUCAAACAAAAAACAAAACAAAACAAAACAAUUGUGGUAUUUAUUCUUUUUACACAGACACUGAGCGAUGGAAGAGGACACUGAGGUGAUGGAAGAUAUUGUGUUUCGAGGAACAGAGUUCUCUGUGAAGAUGGAGUUGGACAAGGGUGUCCUGAUCGUUGAAAUCUCUGAUUCGGUGACCGCGGAUCAGUGGAGGGGGGAAUUUGAUCCAGCGUAUAUUGAAGACCUAACUCGUAAAACGGGGAACUUCAAGCAGUUCCCAAUUUUCUGCAGCAUGUUGGAGUCGGCUGUAAGAAAGACGAGUGAUUCCGUUACUCUUGACCUCCUGACCUAUGCUGACUUGGAGCUUCUACGCAACAGAAAAGCGGGCGUGGUCAGCCGUCCCCGUGCACAUCAGCAGUCAUCUGCCCUCACUGCCAAAAGAUACCUAAUCCUCAUAUAUACUGUGGAGUUUGAUAGGAUUCAUUACCCGCUGCCGUUGCCGUACAUGGGAAAGCCUGACCCGGCUACUCUGCAGAAGGAGAUCAGAGCCCUCAGGGCGGAGCUCAGUGCUCUCACCACUCAUGGAGUUAACAAACCUGCAGAUUUGGAAAUACAGCGUCUCCGAGCAGAGUUGGCUGUGAUGAAAGAAGAGAAGGAUGCCAUGGCCAAAGCUCUGGCUCGACUGCAGAUGAGUGACAGUUCAGCACCGGGCCGAGAGGACUGGAGGAUGAACGACGUGGUGAGGGCGCUGGAGGAGCAGCUCAUCAAAGAGAGAGCUAAAAGUCAAAGGUCAACAAGCAAGAGAUGCCAGGAGCAGCGCCUCCUGGUGGAGCAGUUGGAAGAGUUGAGAGCAUCGGAGUGUGCCCUCCGUGUUCGUGUUAAGAGUCUCACCAAUGAGCUGGCGUUACUACGGAGAGGGUUAGACAAUCUAAGCGUCAGAUUGACGCCUGUGUCCGCUCACAUCAACUCUCGGGUCGAUGACGACGUCUAUCGCUCUCUUUCUUGUGAAAAGAGGUCCGGCUACAGACCAGUCAGGGCUCGAUCGGGGUCCAGAGAACGUAUCGAGCACAGAUCUCUGGAGAGGGGAAGAAGAGCAGACUCCUCAGGACCGCGGGCUCACAUACCCAGACCCUCACCUUCUCCCACAAGGUCCCGAGCAGCACGCUUUGACCCCACGGCUUACAUCCAGGACAGGCAGCGCAGACUGAAAGAGGCAGAACUCAAAAAACAGCGGAGGGUGAGGAGAGACAUGCUGACGUCCCCCAUCAUACCUGAGAGAGGCCGCUCUCGUUCCAGAGAGGCCUAUCCUCAGCUGGCCCGCGCAGGCAGCAGAGGCAGGAGUUUGUCUAUGGAGCGCCGAGGCAGCAGGAACUCCUCCGAGAGCUCAUUAGUAGAUAUGGAAGAAAUGGCCAAAACGCUCUUCAGAGGAAACAAACAGAACUAUUAUAAUGGACCUAAUGUGUCGAGAUCAGGCCACUUGAACAGGAACCCUUCGUCCAGCACUCCUACUCGCAGAGUUAAAGACAGAGAGAGCUCUUUGGACCGAGGCUCCAAGAUGUCAGAAAUCGAUGCACGGCUGCAGGCGCUGCAGGAAUACAUGAGGGACUUGGACACUGGGCAUUAACCUGCUGCUCAGGUGGUAGCUGGGCAUGCUCUGGGACACCACCUGCAGCUCAGGCAGAGGAACGCUUCAUAAAAUGAUUUCCCUGGAGUUUAAGUGCUAGGAGACUACAACUCUGUGUGGAAGCUCCAAUCUGCAGGAAACUCAUCACUGUGAAGAACAACAGACUACUUUUUUGUGAACUUCUAUUUUCUUUUUAAUAUGCAUUUUUUUGUCCAUCAAACCAUUUUCAACAAUUACCUCUCAGUGUAUUUAUCUUGUUGAAAUUAAGCCUAAAAAAGUGCAAAAGCACUAAAGCAGCUAAACAGACUCCUGGUGAAUCGUCAAAGACUCUUAAAUAUUUAUUGGUUUAGAAAUACUUUUUACAAAAGUAACUCUGUCUUUGAAUCCUAAAUCUUUAGUGUGGGUUUUCCCCUUUCAUCCCCAAAAAAGUUGUAAUUAGGUGGAUUUAACUAGUUUGCAUGAACAUCACUGUACGUCUGUGUUCAACUAAUUUAUGCCUAAGCUUCAUUUUUCAUGUUAGAUUUCCUUCAGUGGUUGAAUCGGAACAUUUCCUUGAACCCAUGGUCAUUUUUUCAUGUCUGCAUUUUCUUGUAUUGUGUCCUUUUGUGAAGACUGUCACCUUAAUGUGCAAAAACUAUUUUUAUCUAUUUAAAUCUGUUAAUCUAUGUGAAUGAAGGCCAUUUUUAUUUUGAUACCAAGUCAUUUUUUUGUAAUGAUUCUGUUGUCUGCACACAUGACUGUUAUUGUAAAUUCUCCUGUCUGCCUUUUCUAUUUUCCUAAAUACAGAGUUUAUUUUAAAAACA